AAGCGCGCCGCCCCUGCCCCCGCCGCCGCGCUGGUGGCUGCGCGCAGCAGCAGCAGCACCAAGGCGAAGCAGGGGCUCAGAGUUUCGGGCGCGCUGCUGGAGACGCGCCGCCGGGGCUUCCCAACACCGUCGCCAUCCCCGCUCGCUACCGGGACGGAGGACGAGGAGGAGCGGCUGCAGGGCCAGACGCCGAGCCGAGGAGGUUCCGCAGCGUCUCCGGCGAGGAGGAGAAGGCGGAGGAGGGCGACGACCCGGCCGAGGCAGCCGCCGCCGCCGCAGCAGCCCGCGCGCGGAGCCCAUCCCGGGCGGAGCGAGGAUGCUGCGCGCCCGCCCGCCGGCGCCGCCUCUGGCGGUGCUGCUGCCGCUGCUGCUCCUGCCCGGCGGGACGCUCCGGAGCGCGGCCGGCAGCCAAGUGAAUUUAUUGGACUCUCGAUCAGUAAUGGGGGAUCUUGGAUGGAUAGCCUACCCGAAGAAUGGGUGGGAAGAAAUUGGCGAGGUGGAUGAGAAUUAUGCGCCGAUCCACACAUAUCAAGUGUGCAGAGUCAUGGAACAGAGUCAGAACAACUGGCUUCUGACAAGCUGGAUCUCCAACAAAGGAGCCUCUCGAAUCUUCAUUGAACUGAAAUUCACCCUUAGGGACUGCAACAGCCUUCCUGGAGGACUUGGGACUUGCAAAGAGACUUUUAAUAUGUAUUAUUUUGAAUCGGAUGACGAAGAUGGAAGGAACGUAAAAGAAAACCAGUACAUCAAGAUUGAUACCAUUGCGGCGGAUGAGAGCUUCACAGAGCUAGACCUUGGAGAUAGAGUCAUGAAGCUGAACACAGAGGUGAGAGAUGUUGGGCCUCUGACCAAAAAGGGGUUUUACCUUGCUUUCCAAGAUGUGGGCGCCUGCAUCGCGCUGGUCUCUGUGAGGGUGUACUACAAGAAGUGCCCUGUGGUGGUUCGGAACUUGGCCAUCUUCCCCGACACCAUCACCGGAGCGGAUUCUUCUCAGCUUCUGGAAGUCUUGGGGUCAUGUGUGAACCACUCUGUGACAGACGAACCCCCACGGAUGCACUGCAGUGCCGAAGGGGAAUGGCUGGUGCCAAUUGGGAAAUGCAUGUGCAAGGCAGGCUACGAAGAGAAGAACAACACUUGUCAGGGUAAGGAUUUAAUGUUGGGAAUAGUUUGGCUGGUGUAGCUGGAUGAUCAGCUUCGAAUGCUAUUACAUAUGCAGAUUCUUCAUACAGUGUCAGAGUGAAUAGAUACAUUCCUUAUCAUAACGAUGGCAGUGUUUUUAUUUCACACAUGCACAUAGCAGCAUAGAUGG